AUGUAAAUAUACCCAAUAAGUGGUGAUGAUUCUCCAAUAAAUGAAGUUACAUCAGUAAGUGGAAAUAGAAGUAGUUCAAAUUAAAUGAAAAAGCUUCAUAAUGCAAAGACUUCUCGAUAUUUGUAAAUGAAUAUAUAAUGAAUAGAUAGCCACUUUAUAAUCCAUCUUCGACUGAAUCAAGAUUAACAAUAUCAAGAACAGACUCUCAUUUAAAGUUAAGUUUUGUUAGUCAUUCUUAAUAAUAGAGAAGAAAUAUAAAAACAGAAUUUCGUCAAUUAAGUAAGAAAUUAAUACAUGCAAUGAAUUUUAUAAAGGAACUUCGUUAAUAUGCUGAUUAAUUAAAGGCAUAACAUAUGGAAUACAAAUAUAGGCAUCGUAACUUUUUUCCUUUGUAUCCAGAUGAUAAGAUAUAUAUAAUAUGGAUAAUUAUAAUGAAAGCAUUACAUUGUAUAGCAUCAAUAAUUCUACCUUUUUAUUUAGCAUUCUAAGUAUUAUAAUUUAAAAUAUUAGGGGAGUUGGAAGGGAAGUGAUUUAAAUGAUUUCAGCUAUAUUUGCUUUAGAUAUUUUAUUUAAUUGUACAAGUUGUCAUAUUGAUGAACAUAAUAUUCUUUUGCAUACUUUUGAUACAAUAAUUCCUUAUUAUUUAAAAAGUUGGUUUUUAAUAGAUUUACUAUCUAUAAUUCCAUUUGAAGAUUUUAAAAGAAUUUAAAUAUUAGGAUUAAUGAGAUUAUUUAGAAUAGCCAAAUAUUUUAUGUAUGAAAGGAGAGAAAAUUAUCAUACAGCAAAUGAUAUAAUAAAAAAGAAAGAAAUUAUAGUAAAUGAAGAUCUAUUCUAUAGAGAAGAUUAUAAUAUAGAUUUAAGAAUAAGAAGAGUAGUAACUAUAUUUUUAGAUAUGGUUAUUUUAACUCAUAUUUUUGCAUGUUUAUGGUUUUGGAUUGCUAGAAUUGAUGAAUUCAAUUAAGACACUUGGGUAAUAAGAGAGAAGGUUUAUGAUUUCAAUAUAGAAAAAUAAUAUAUUAUAUGUUUUUAUUGGGCAAUAUAAACAGUAACUGUAAUAGGAUAUGGAGAUAUAGCUGCUCAUACUUCAUAUGAAUUCUUUCUAUAAAUAUUUUGGAUGCUUAUAGGAGUUGGAUUUUAUUCAUUUACUAUUGGUGAUAUCACUUGUAUAUUAGUAAAUAUAAAUCCACGUUAAGAAUAUGAAGAUUAAUUAAUCUUACUUGAAGAAUUAGGUGAUUAAACUUUCAUGAUUGAUGAUGUAUUGAAAGAACUUAUUUAAUUUGCCAAAUUUAACAUAUCUCAUAAUCCUUUUUGGGCACGUAAUACAAUAGAUAUGGUCUAAGCUUUACCUUGGAAAAUGAGAUAAUACAUUAUUGCAUCAACUCAUAAAGAAAUACUUAAGAUGGUACCUUUUAUUGCUAAUGAUAUUAAUUUCUCUGCUAUGGUAUUACCAUAUUGUACUUUUGCUAAAUAUGAUGAAUAUUCUACUAUUUAUCAUAUCGGUUAGAGUGCUUCAGAUUUCUAUUUUCUUCUUAGUGGUGAUGUCAGAUUAUCUGAUGCCUCUGGAGAAUGUAUAAUCAGAGUUAUGGAAGGAACAGUCUUUGGAGAAGUAGAAUCUAUUGAAUAAACUUUAAGAAGAUGGCAUGCUCAUGCUGUUACUAAAAGUGUUGUAUUGAUGUGUCCAGGUAGAUUUUUUGAAUCUUUAAUAAAAGAAAAUACAACUCAAUUUUUUGAAUUAUUUUAGAUGUAUAAGAGAAGGAAAAUCUUACUAUCUGAUUAUACAGAGUAAAAAUAGAGUAUUAUAUAUAUUUAUUUUUAGAGUAAGCUUUUAGACUGAAAAGAUCUACAGCUAUUAUUGUUGAAGGGAAAGUUGUUAAAACACAAUAAGCUCGAAGAUCAAGUGAAAAUAGAUAAUAAUUUAAAUCCAAAAUUGAUUGUCGAAAUUAUAUAAGUGUUUAAUAAGAUUUAAUGUUAUCUGUUGUAGGUUAAAAAUAAGCUAGAAAAAAGCUAUUACGAGAAAAGUUUAGAAUGGUAAAAAAUAUAAUAAAUAUCAAGGCUGUUGAUAGAAUCAAAUAAAUGAUUGUUAGAGCUAAAAAAAGAAGAGGUGCCUUAGUUUCAGAUCCAGAUUAUAAAUUCAUCAGAGAUCUUAUUGCCACUAGAAGUCAAUAAACUGUUUAAACUAAUAUGUUUGAUACUAAUAAUUAUUUAUAAAAGCUUAUGAAUAAAUUCGGUAAAGUUGUAGAAUAAGAAAAUUAAGUAUAAUCAUUUAUCAUUAAAAAAAAAUAAGAAUCUUAUGAAAAAAUAAAGAGAAUGAAACUUAAAAAUAUCAUUACAGGUUUCAAUAAGAACAAACAUCGAAAAUCUGUAAAAAGAGAAGUUGAUCUUUAUUAUUCAUUUUUUCAUAAUUAGAUUUAUCAAGAAUUGUUGUAAACGAGAAUUGAUCAAAAAUAAAAAAUAAAAUAUAAAUAAGAUAAUAUUAGAAAAAACUCUGUCUAAUAACUUAGAAAAAUAAAUCUAAAUGUUAAUUAAAUUAUACAAUUAGCUAUGAAAUUUUCAAUUCAAAAAUUUGAAAUCAUUAAAUUAGAAAGAGAAAUUGAUCUAAUUAUUGAUGAAUGUCAAUCUAUAGUGUAAUAUAUGAUGUGA